AUGCCAAUAAAAUCACGGUGGUCGGAGCCCAUUCCCAACUGCUCCUUGCAGACAUGGAUUUUCGGCUCCUUUUUUAACCCUCUCUCUGACCGCAAGGCUUUCUAUGAUGCCGACCGUCCAGACACCCACUACCUAACCUUCUCCGACUACCGCACCGUGGCCAAGCAGAUCGCCAUCGGUCUCAAGGCCGCGGGCCUCAAACCCGGUGACCGCGUGCUGCUCUUCUCGGGCAACAACCUCUUCUUCCCUGUCCUCUUCCUUGGCGUCCUGAUGGCCGGUGGUAUCUUCACCGGCGCCAAUCCUGGAUUUGUCACCCGCGAGCUCGCAUAUCAGCUCAAGGACAGCGGCGCGACCUUUAUGGUCGCCGCCGAGGGCAGUCUCGACACCGCCCUGGAAGCCGCGAAGCAGGUCUCCAUGCCCACGAGCAACGUCUUCGUCUUCGAUACUACAAUUCCCGGCUCUGGCAAGGCCGAGAAGCCCGCGCGGGAUGGUGCCCGCCACUGGACCGAGCUGAUCGCCCCUCGGUUGCAGGCUGAGAAGUUCGAAUGGGUUGAGCCUUCUGACGCCCGCACUACGACGUGCUGUCUCAACUAUAGCUCCGGCACGACUGGCGUACCCAAAGGCGUCGAGAUUUCACACUACAGCUAUGUCGCCAAUGGCACUGGCGUUGUCAAGGUAUCGGCUCUGGAACAGGACCAUGAGGCAUCUCUCGCCCGCUCCGUUGGCCUUUGUUUCUUGCCCCUCUACCACACCUACGCCCAGACGUACUUCGUCGCCAACUUCGCCAAGCAGGGCAUUCCCGUCUACAUCAUGGCGGGUUUCGAUUUCGUCAAGAUGCUCACCUACAUCCAGCGCUACCGCGUCACCCAGCUCGUCAGCGUGCCCCCCAUCCUCGUCGCCCUGACCAAACACCCCAUCACCGCAAAGUUCGACCUCAGCAGUCUCGAGAGCGUCGGCUCUGGCGCCGCACCUCUCCCAGCCGAUGUUGCUCGCCAAACGGAGCGCAUUCUCAAGAAGGACGAUCUCAUCGUUCGCCAGGGCUGGGGCAUGACCGAAGUCACCUGCACCGCCAUGACCUGGGACCCGACGCGCCUGGAGCGCAGCUCCUCCGUCGGCGAACUCAUGCCCAACUACCAGGCGAAGCUCGUUGGCGAGGACGGCAAGGAGAUCACCGAGGCCAAGGUGCCCGGCGAACUCUGGGUCACGGGCCCGACUGUCAUGCGCGGCUACUGGCGCAACCCUAAUGCGACCAAGGAGACGAUCGUCACAGACGCCGAGGGCAACCGCUGGCUGCGCACGGGAGACGUCGCAUACGUCCAAGAGUACAAGACAGGCGGUCUCUUCUUUAUCGUCGACCGCAUGAAGGAGCUCAUCAAAGUCAAGGGAAACCAGGUCGCUCCCGCCGAGCUCGAGGCUCUUCUUCUCGAGCGGCAGGACGUCGCUGACGCUGCCGUCGUCGGUGUCACUCUCGACGGAGAGGAGUUACCGCGGGCAUACAUUGUCCGGUCGCCUGGGACCAACGCCACAGGCGAGGAAAUAGCCAAGUGGUUGGAGAAACGGGUUUCCAAACACAAGCGCCUCAAGGGCGGGGUUGCGUUUACAGAUGUCAUCCCCAAAAACCCUUCCGGCAAGAUCUUGCGAAAGAUGCUUAGAGACAAGGCCAAGCAGGAAGUUGGCAAUUCUGUUUCAAAGCUAUAG